UCUUCACAUCAUUUUCAUGGGUUUGAGGUCCUUCCUGUAGAGAAGCACCUUCAUAAGGAUUAUUGUGGCCCAUGCCUUUUAUGUGCUUCACACCCAGAGUACCAGCUCUAAGUCUAGCCUCUCUUCUCUCUUUACCGUGUGGCCAGCAGACCUCUCUUUCCUAAGAAAAGCACAUAAGUGGGACAGUGUGGGGCCUGCAUAGGUGUUCAGCUGAGACAGUCAUUAUAGGCAUUCCUGAUACAAGUAGGUAGAGCUGUGGAGCUCCACCCGGCAGGACCCAAGGCCGAGAGUGGGACAGCUUUGAGGAGGACCAUGAAGCCUGUCUCCAAAGCUAGGUUCAACCCAGAGUGUGGAGUGGUGGUGGAGGAACUGGAGGAGUUUGGAAACUGGGAUGCUUGAGGGUUAAGGGUCUGAGGCUCUGUGGGGUACAUGGGGGCACUCAGAGGGCAUCUCUUUGGCACAGGCUGUCAGCAUAGGUCACAGAUUCCUAUGAGCUCACCUUUCACAUGAACCCCCUCCAGAAGGUCUGCAGAUAGAGCUAGUUUAUACCUGUUUAUGUGGUCCUGUCUUUAUGGGAGAGUUUAUUCCCCUUUGGUAGUCUGGGCAGUCAGUGCAGGGGCCAAGAAGUUUGGGACUUGCAGAUUACUUAUGGAGCAAUGAGAGGCUUCCCUGGCCAUGGUGACAACCCAGGACAAUGAGGUCUGUGCUCCUCCCACCCUCUCUGUGUGGAGCCUGUCCCUGGGGUUCAUCCUCUUCCUAGCACAGAGGCCCUGAAGGAGAGCUCUGCUGUCACAGCCCAUGGGAUAAAGCCUUCAGGUUGACCAGUUUCCUUAGAGCUCCCUUCAUGUCCUUGUUCCUCAGGCAGUAGAUAAAGGGAUUCAGCAUGGGGGUGACCACCAUCUACAUUACUGAAGCCAGAGAAUCCUUGUCAGCUGCGUGGGAGGAUGAGGGACUCAGGUAGACCCCUGUGCUGGUCCCAUAGAAGAGAAUGACCACAGCAAGGUGGGAGCCACAGGUGGAAAAGGCCUUUGGUUUGCCCCGAGCAGAUGGCACCUGUAGCACAGCAGACGCAAUGUGGAUGUAGGAGACGAGAAUGCCAAGGAAGGGGAUGAGGACCGCCAGGUCCCCCUUCCAGCAGAAUCAUGAGUUGGGUGAGUUGGGUGUUGGGGCAGGAGAGCUGGAUCAGGGGAGCAAGGUCACAGAAGGAGUGAGGGAUGAUGUUGCUGGCACAGAACUCCAGCCGGGCCAUGAGGAGGGUGUGUAGCAGGGAGUGGAAGUUGGCGAGGGGCCAGGAGCUCCCCAGCAUCAGGGCACAGACUGGCAUACUCAUCACCGUGGAGUAGUGCAAGGGCUGGCAGGUCGCUGUGUAGAGGUCAUAAGCCAUGGCCAUCAGGUGGAAGCUGUCCAUGUUGACAAGCAAAAUGCAGAAGUAGAUCUGGGCUAGGCAGCAGCCAUAGGAAAUGGACUGAGUCUGUGUCUGGAUGUUCACCAGCAUCUUGGGGACUGUGGCGGAAAUGAAGCAGAAAACUACCAGGGAGAGGUCGCUGAGGAAGAAGUCCUUGGGCGUGUGGAGGUGGGAGUCUGAGCCAAUGGCCAGGAUGAUGAGCAAGUUCCCUGCGGCCCCGACCAGAUGAGUAAACUGACACCUAGAGGGUUUGAAUAAUUUCCCCGGAAGACAUCAGGAUUUGAUUCCAGGUCUGUAACCUUGGAAGUUUUGAACUUAGCUCAUGGACUCCUAGUACCUGGCACUGAGAACAUGCUGUACAACCUCCAUAUGUGACAGAUAGGGAGCUGAGAGUGCAAGGGUCUUGUCCAUCAAAACCCUGAUGGAUCAUCCUGAACGUGCAGUGAUGGUGGCCAAGGCACAGCCAGGCCCUCUUGUUGUAUUAACGAUACAGGAAGAUGAUGCGGUCACCAAAUAGCCACAGGAAACAGACACACAGGGGCCCAGAGUUCUCACUACUACCAACUCAAGUCCACCAACCUUUCCGAUGUCCAUGCUGCAGAAAGCAUUCUGCAAGCUCCAGCUCCACCACCUUCCCAGGACAUAAACAUUUCAGCCUCAGUGAAUCAUCCCUGGAUGUGAAAGGAAGCAGGCAGGCAAAGAGUGACACACGCAGCUGAGAAGAAACUCAGAGGAGAGAAUCACCGAGGAGAGUGGCCAUGGACCUGAUCCUGAGCUUUUCCGUGGAAACCUGGGUUCUCCUGGCUACCAGCCUGGUACUCCUCUAUCUAUAUGGGACUUAUUCACAUGGACGUUUUAAGAAGCUGGGGAUUCCUGGGCCGAGACCUCUGCCUUAUUUUGGAAAUAUUCUGUCCUACCGAAAGGGUCUUUGGGAGUUUGACAAUGGAUGUUUUAAAAAGUAUGGAAAAAUAUGGGGGUGUUAUGAAGGUCAACAGCCUCUGUUGGUUGUCACAGAUCCAGACAUAAUCAAAACAGUGCUAGUGAAAGAAUGUUAUUCUGUCUUCACAAACCGGAGGUCUUUUGGUCCAAUGGGAAUUAUGAAAAAUGCCAUCUCUCUGUCUGAGGAUGAACAAUGGAAGAGAUUACGAUCGUUGAUGUCUCCAGCCUUCACCAGCGGAAAGCUCAAGGAGAUGUUCCCCAUCAUUAGCCAGAUUGGAGACAUGUUGGUGAGGAACCUGAAGAAGGAAGCAGAGAAAGGCAAGCCAAUCAGCAUGAAAAACUUCUUUGGGGCCUACAGCAUGGAUGUGAUUACCGGCACAGCAUUCGGAGUGAACAUUGAUUCCCUCAACAACCCACAAGAUCCCUUUGUGGAAUAUAGCAAGAAUAUCUUAAAAUUUAAUCUCCUCUCUCCAUUAAUUCUCUUAAUAAUAUUAUUUCCAUUCCUCACCCCAGUCUUUGAAGUAUUAAAUAUUACGCUGUUUCCAAAAAGUUCUGUGAAUUUUUUAGCGAAGUCUGUAAAAAGGAUGAAAGAGAGUCGCCUCAAAGAUAAACAAACGCACCGAGUGGAUCUUCUUCAGCUGAUGAUUAACUCUCAGAAUUCCAAAGAAAUUGGCACCCAUAAAGCUCUGUCUGACGUAGAACUCAUGGCCCAAAGUAUCAUCUUUAUUUUUGCUGGCUACGAGACCACUAGCAGUUGUCUUUCCUUCGUUAUAUAUGAAUUGGCCACUCACCCUGACGUCCAACAAAAGCUGCAGGAGGAGGUUGAUGCAACUUUCCCCGAUAAGGCGCCUCCCACCUAUGAGGCUCUGGUACAGAUGGAGUAUCUUGACAUGGUGUUGAAUGAAACUCUCAGAAUAUUCCCAAUUGCUGGUAGAAUUGAGAGGAUCUGUAAGAAGGAUGUGGAAGUCAAUGGAGUGUUCAUUGCCAAAGGGACAACAGUGGUGGUGCCACUCUUCGUUCUUCACAAUGACCCAGAGCUCUGGCCAGAGCCUGAGGAGUUCCGUCCUGAAAGGUUCAGUAAGAAGAACAAGGAGAGCAUAAAUCCUUAUACAUACAUGCCUUUUGGAAUUGGACCCCGAAACUGCAUUGGCAUGAGAUUUGCUAUCAUGAACAUGAAACUUGCUCUCGUCAGAAUCCUGCAGCACUUCUCCUUCAAACCUUGUAAAGAAACACAGAUCCCCCUGAAAUUGUUCACUGUAGGACUUACGCAGUUGGAAAAACCUGUUGUUCUAAAGGUUGUGUCAAGAGAUGCGACCGUAAGUGGAGCCUGACUUUCUCGAAGGACAUGGGCUUUGAUCUUCAAGGAAGCUGUAUCCAGGAACACCUGAGACUUUACUUACUUUGUGAUAAAACUAUUAAAUGAAGAUAGGCUUCACCUACUGCCCUUGAUGGACGAUUAGGUAUUCUGCCCAAUCAUUUAGCUUUCUCA